GUACUUCAGUCCAGUAAGUGUUCAAGACUCGAGACACAUUGCCCUCAGUCGUGAGGCCUUCACUCUUCCUUUUCACCUGGUCUGCAUUCCAGCCUCAUUGUGCUUAGGCUUCCUUUCCUUCCCCACUUCCAUUGUUUUCCGUUUCCCACCUUUACCUCUGUACCACCCAACAGGCCAUCUAAGCUGCCCAGGAGAUAACCGUGUUCUCCAGAAUGUCACGCACACCAGCGUCAACAGCUGCAUUAUUCCUAAAGAUCCCACACCGGAAAUAACCUAAUGCCUAGCAACUGCUGGAUGGAUAAACAAAUGUGCUGUUGCAUGCAAUCAGCUUCAGAAGUGUAUAAGAUAAGCUUUAUAUUUCCAAAUGGAGAUACAUAUGAUGGUGACUGUACAAGAACAUCUUCUGGCAGUUAUGAGAGAAACGGAAUAGGUAUUCAUACCACUCCUAAUGGGAUUGUCUACACAGGAAACUGGAAAGACGACAAGAUGAAUGGUUUUGGAAAACUUGAGCAUUUUUCAGGAGCAGUGUAUGAAGGACAAUUUAAGGACAAUAUGUUUCAUGGAUUGGGAACUUACACUUUCCCAACUGGGGCAAAAUACACUGGAAAUUUCAAUGAAAAUAGGGUGGAAGGGGAAGGGGAGUAUACCGACACCCAAGGACUGCAGUGGAGCGGUAACUUUCACUUUACAGCUGCUCCAGGCCUCAGACUGAAGCUCUACAUGUAGAUGCUCUAAAUUAAAGUUUAAAUGGGGUAAUUGAAGUUGUAAAUUCUAAGUAGAGCAACCAACUCUGUCAUCUAAAAUAACUUCACACACUGCCUCUAUAAGUUUUCCAAUAAAACCAUCGCUCAUGUAUGUCUUUUUGAAUUUUGUUUUUAUU